UCAUUGCGUACGCGGAGCCGGAGAGUGAGACAUACAGAAAGCGAGAGAUCGAGAGCUGGGUCCCCUCGGCCCUUGGGAUCCUCGGAGGAGGACGCGCGCAGAAUGACCGUCAUGGGGAAGUACCUGGUGACCUGCUGGGUAGCAAUUCUCUUGAUCCUGCUGCAGAGCGAUGUCUCCGUUUCCAAAAAAAGGCCCAAACCCAGCGGUGGUGGCUGGAACACAGGGAGUCAACGUCAGCCUGGAUACCCGCAGAACCCCGGCUACCCACAGAACCCGGCCUACCCACCACCACGCAACCCAGGCUAUCCUCAAAAUCCUGGUGGUUACCCACAGCAGAACCCUGGCUACCCGCCGCGCAACCCUGGCUACCCACAGCAGAACCCUGGCUAUCCUCAACGCAACCCUGGUUACCCACAGCAGAACCCUGGCUAUGGUGGGGGCUAUGGUGGGGGCUAUGGAGGCAAACCGUGGAAGCCUAAGCCGGCCAAGCCCCCCAGUAUGAAGCACGUGGCCGGAGCAGCUGUCGCAGGGGUGGCAGCAGGAGCCCUCGGCGGCUACCUCUUAGGCAGUGCCAUGUCCAACAUGAAUUUUGGUUUCCGCAACCCCAACGAGGAGCGGUGGUGGCAUGAAAACCGCGACCGCUAUUCCGACAGAGUCUACUACCCAGAGUACAAGGAUCGUGUUUCGAAGGAUGUCUUUAUGAGAGACUGUGUGAACGUCACGCUGACGGAGUACAUCACCCCUCAAGGGAACCAAACUGCAGAUGAGAUGGAAGUGAAAGUCGUGACACAUGUGGUGCGUGAAAUGUGCACAGAGCAGUACCGCUUGAUAUCAGGGGCAGUUCUGCUUCUCGCCAGCCCUUCCACGCUUUUCAUCCUCAUGUUGGCCACGUAUUUCCUUACCCCCUGAGUUCCUCCUCAGGCCUGCACCUCGUUGUUCAUUGAGCAAAUGUCCAGAAGGAAUGAGAUCUACACAGGGCGACGGCUUGGG